AUGUUACUGAGCGGAGCUCCUCCCGCGGGCUCGGGCCCCGGGCCGCGGGGAGCGCAGGGGGGUGCGGGGAGCGGCCCGGGGGGGGCCCGCCGGGGCCCCGGGGGCGCGGGAGCCGGCCCCGGAGGGAGCGGCGGCGGUGGUGGCGGGGGUGUGGCCAAGUGGCUCCGAGAGCACCUGGGUUUUCGCGGGGGGAGCGGCGGCGGCGGGGGUACCAAGCCCGCACCCCCAGAGCCCGACUACCGGCCGCCAGCACCCGCUCCAGCCUCUCCCCCCGCACCACCCCCCGACAUCCUGGCCGCCUACCGACUGCAGCGUGAGCGCGACUUCGAAGACCCCUACUCCGGGGGGCCGUCGGGACCCACUACCCCCGCGGCCCCAGCCGCCCCCGGCCCCACGCCACCUCCGCGCCACGGCUCGCCCCCACACCGCCUGAUCCGGGUGGAGACCCCCGGGCCCCCCGCGCCUCCCCCGGAGGAGAGACUACCGGCCGGCGGGGACAGGCUGGCCAUCCUAGAGGACUAUGCUGACCCUUUCGAUGCUCAAGAAACAGGUGAGGGCACAGUGGUGCCAGCAGGGCCACCAGAGAAGAUACCAGAGAAUGAUGGCUACAUGGAGCCCUACGAGGCUCAGAAGAUGAUGGCUGAGAUACGAGGCUCCAAGGAAGCCACCGCCAAGCCCCUACCCUUGUAUGAUACACCCUAUGAACCAGCGGAGGAAGGGCUCACCCCCGAAGGGGAGGGGGCUGGUCGGCCCCGGGAGUCCCGCCUACCUGAGGAUGAUGAGAGACCCCCGGAGGAGUAUGACCAGCCCUGGGAGUGGAAAAAGGAGAGAAUUUCCAAGGCCUUCGCGGUUGACAUUAAGGUCAUCAAAGACCUACCUUGGCCACCACCUGUGGGACAGCUGGACAGCAGCCCUUCCCUCCCUGAUGGGGAUGGGGACAUCUCUGCUCCGGUCUCACCCCUCCUCCCUGAGCCCAGCCUGGAAGACAGCAGUGCCCAAUUUGAAGGAUCCGAGAACUGCUUGUCACCCAGCAGGGAAGAGAAGGGUCGGCCCCUUCCUCGACUUCCUGGAGGGACUUCUAAGGCGUUGAAGCCCCUGAGCAUUGAGCCCAGCAGCCCCCUAGGGGAGUGGACAGACCCAGCCCUGCCUCUGGAAAACCAGGUUUGGUACCAUGGGGCCAUCAGCCGAACGGAUGCCGAGAACCUGCUGAGGCUGUGCAAGGAAGCCAGCUAUUUGGUGCGAAACAGUGAGACGAGCAAGAAUGACUUCUCCCUCUCCCUCAAGAGCAGCCAGGGCUUCAUGCACAUGAAACUGUCUCGGACCAAGGAGCACAAGUACGUGCUGGGCCAGAACAGCCCGCCCUUUAGCAGCGUCCCAGAGAUCGUCCACCACUACGCCAGUCGGAAGUUGCCCAUCAAAGGGGCCGAGCACAUGUCGCUGCUCUACCCGGUGGCCAUCCGGACUCUGUAGGGCCAGAGGAUCAGCAGCCAUCACAGACCCAGGGCUGAAAAGUAGCCCCCACCUCGGAUUCUCUUUCAGUCCCUCUGGCCGCGCUCCAACCAGCUGUUGAACUAUAGCUUCUUCCUGGGAGAGAAGUAUUGGCCAGAACCUAGGGACUCCUAGGAAGCCCCCUCUUUUCCCUUUAUCCCCCUCCCAUUCCAUUUUCCCCCAGAGGCUGAGACGAAAGCUUCUUUAAUUUAUUCUAAAAGGGAAAGUCAAUCGGGUUUUUCGGGUAGGGGAGAAGCCCCUGAGAGAAGAGAAGAUGCCUUGGGGCAAUGAGUAGUUGGGAGUAGGACAUCCCUGGAAACGCCUCCGCCUCCUGCUGCUAGGAUAGUUUUGGCCUGAAAGACAUUCAGGGGUGACUGGGCCUCCGUGGCACCCUCAUAAAGUUUCAGGAGGUCCAGGAUGCACAACUACACAACCUUUUCUAAGACUGGAACCCGAAUGGUGAAGAGGGCCUCAGCCCUCAGCCCUGGUGCUAGCAGAAGCUCCCAGGCGUUUGGGGGUCUGUUGGGGGAAUGGGCAUGGGGCAGGCCUUCAGACCAAUAAGUGGCCAUCUCAUUCUGCCUCAACUCAACCUCCCCACAACACUCAUCUCCAUCCCCAAGCUAAAGAGGUCCCUUGCCAGGUCUCUGAGGCGAAGGGGUGGGGGGAGAAAGAAGCAGAAACUGGGGAGAUGCUGUUUGGUAAUGCCCGCCCUUGGGGACAGGGGAAAUGGGGAAGAUUUGAGAGGGGACCGAGGGAGCCAGUUCUGUGGGUCGUCCUCCCUGGCUGAGCGCCGGCAUUAUUAACCACUGCCCGCAACGCGCGUCCGCUCCCCGUCCCCCGCCCCCCCCGCCCCAGGUGGGGACUUUGCGGGGAGAGGAGAUACUGUGGCUCUAGGGUUGGGAGGGGAUCCGCAGCAGCGAAGCGCUAACAGAUUCUGUUGAUAAAUCAUUUUCGGAGCCGACACUGAACGGCUGUGAAAAGCACUUUCCUGAAG